AACAUCAAUCCCCCCCUUAUCUUCCCAGCACCCCUCACAAACAUUUCUAAACUAAACCCUCCAACAUACAAAAACAAUGUCUUUAUCAUCAUCAUCUUCUUGUGUGGCAAAACCCAUAUCCAAUUCAAUGUCUACUUUCAUCAUCUCAUCAUCACCAGCAAUCUUCACUCUAAAAAAGUCCCUAUCUUUACCCUUAAACCCCAUCAAAUUCCACUUAUCAGCAGCUUCUUUCAAUUCCCAACUUUCUAUCAGAAAAAGGUCCAAUCUUACUCAUUUCGUAACUUAUGUUCAAGAAGAUGAUAACACAUUGGUUCUUCAAGAAAAUGACCAGGAAUUGAAUUGGGUCCCGGAAACGGAAUCGGCUUCCGACGGAGAAGAGGCGGUUGCUGAUUUGGUUGAAAAUUACGCCGCCGGAGAAGUGGAAGAAGAGGUGGUUGCUGAGCCGCCGGAAGAUGCCAAGAUUUUUGUUGGGAAUUUGCCUUAUGAUGUUGAUAGUGAACAGUUGGCUCAGCUUUUUCAACAAGCUGGUGUUGUUGAGAUUUCUGAGGUUAUCUACAAUAGAGAGACUGAUCAGAGCAGGGGUUUUGGAUUUGUGACUAUGAGUACUGUUGAAGAAGCAGAGAAGGCUGUUGAAAUGCUCCACCGUUAUGAACUAGGAGGAAGGUACUUGACAGUAAACAAGGCUGCACCUAAAGGAUCGAGGCCUGAACGUGCAGAACGCACACCUCAGAUGUCUGGACCUUCCUACAGAGUCUAUGUUGGCAACCUGCCAUGGGACGUUGAUGAUAUUCGUCUUGAACAAGUUUUCAGUGAACAUGGAAAAGUUGUGAAUGCACGAGUGGUUUAUGACAGGGAAAGUGGCCGAUCACGAGGAUUUGGGUUCGUUACUAUGUCAACUGAAAGUGAACUUAACGACGCCAUUGAAAAUCUGGACGGACAGAGCAUGGGUGGGAGAGCAAUCAGAGUAAAUGUAGCAGAAGAAAAACCAAGGCGUUUCUGAUCUGAUUUUUGAGUGAGAUGGAGGACCUUACAUGGUGGCUUGGUUCUAUUUGUACCGAAAUCAUAUUUAUAUGCUUUAAAAGUUUAAAGUUUUAUGUAGGAAUUUAUCUUUUUUGCCAAGCUAUUUAGUUGAUGGGGUUGCCCUUGUUGCCUAUGCAAAUUUGCAAGGCCGAUUUAUUGGUUAUGAAAAGGUUUUACUAUGCUAUGGACGUUUAACAA